AUGAGAGUCCUGGUUUUGUUCGUGAUCCUGUCGCUGGUGGCGGCGGAGCCGCGCCUGCACAGCACGCCUCGACCCAGACCCUGGCAGAGAGGAGCACGGACCCUCUCUGACGUCCGAGGAGCACCAGCUCAGUUCGUAGGACCCCACGUAUGUAAGAGUCGUAACAGCACGCAUUGCUGUCCAGGCUGGACCUCGAGACCGAAUUCAUUGCUUUGUGUUGUUCCCAUAUGUCGGCCGGACUGCGGGUCCCCGGGGUCUUGUGUGGCCCCCAAUAUGUGUCGAUGUGCGAGUGGAAUAGAAGCGCCCUCAUGCGGUGGAGGCGGAAUUUACCCUUAUCCAGCUCGUACAAGAGGAGGAUGUCGUCGUAUAUGUAUGAACGGCGGUACUUGUACUAACGGCACAUGUGCUUGCGCACCCGGAUGGAGCGGCGAGUUUUGUACUGAACCGAUCUGCCGUGAACCUUGUCUUCAUGGCGGUAGGUGUAUAGCUCCUGACAGAUGUGUUUGUUUUCACGGACUUUCUGGUACAAGAUGCGAAAUAGAUAGAAGAACAGGUCCUUGUUACACUGACACUCGUGGCGCGCUUUGUACUGGCGCGUUGGAGGGAGUGGUGUGUACAAAGCAACUGUGUUGUGCGACUGUUGGAGUGGCCUGGGGUCAUCCUUGUGAACGUUGCGGGGACCUGGACUGCCCCACUGGACAUCUGAGAAACUUAGCGACGAAAGAGUGUCAGGAUAUUGAUGAAUGCGCUGCGGUGCCAGGUCUUUGCGAGGGUGGUCGAUGUAUUAAUUCCAUUGGCUCCUUUUCUUGCGAGUGCCCUCCUGGUCAGAGACGACACAGAGUAACCAAUAACUGCGAAGAUAUCGAUGAAUGUGAAGACCCUGAUAUUUGUCCGAAUGGAAAAUGUGUGAACACAGAAGGAGAUUACUAUUGUCUUUGCAAUCCCCACUUCAUUCCUAGUCCUGACAAAAAAUUCUGUAUCGACGGGCGUGUUGGCAGUUGCUACACAUAUUUGGGUGAAACUGGCGAGUGUGCGGAUCGUCUGGCCGUGCCAUUAUCGAACAGAGAUUGUUGUUGUGGAUACAACAUGGGUCGCGCCUGGGGAGACCUAUGUGCACCCUGCCCGCCAAGAGGAUCUACUGAAUGGACACACCUCUGUGGUGGUGGUAUAAUCCCACCGGACUGGCGUCGAAACGAUACAAGUGGUGGAGGAAUCAGUGGUGGGGGUGGUAUUGGGGGAGGAAUAGGAGGGGGAGGGGGAGGGGGAGCGCAACCGAUCGCUAAGAUCAACGAAUGUAUGCUUCGAUCUGGUAUAUGUGGAUUAGGAAACUGUAUUGAUAAAGAUAUUGGGUACCAGUGUGAGUGUUGGGACGGCGCAGAGGCAGCCGAGCAGGAUGGAAACCCGACAUGUAUUGACAUAGACGAGUGCGCGUUACAAUACUGUAAGGGUGGCACUUGUGUUAACAAGCCCGGAGGAUUUGAGUGCAGGUGCCCACCUGGAUUCGACCCCGUCGAGAACGGGUUGAGAUGUAGCGAUAAAAACGAAUGUGAAAUGACGAACGGUGGAAUGUGUACCAAUGGAGUGUGCACUAAUAUCGAUGGAAGUUUCGAGUGUACGUGUAACCCUGGAUACGAGUCCACUGCCACUGGUCACGCGUGUCGUGAUGUGGAUGAGUGUGCUGAUAACCCUCGUGUGUGUCGUCGAGGCCGUUGUCGCAACACACCCGGCGGUUACGACUGUGAAUGUGACGUCGGCUUCGCAAGAACAGCUCCAGGAUACUGUGCGGAUAUUGACGAGUGUGUCGAUAGAUCGCUGUGUCAGGGUGGUCGUUGUGUCAAUGGAGAAGGUUCCUUCCAAUGUGUGUGUGAAGCUGGCUACCGACCGACUCCGGACCGUAGUGCGUGUGUUGACGUCGACGAGUGUUCAGAACUGAAGGUCUGCAGGAACGGACAGUGUCACAACACACCAGGCUCCUUUAGAUGUGAAUGUCUUCCAGGAUUCACUCUCAGCAACGAUGGAAGAACUUGUCUUGAUGAGGUGCAAGAUUUGUGUUACGAAAAAUAUGAAGAAGGCCAUUGUACUGGACCAGGGACUACGCCUGUAACGAGAUCUCAGUGUUGUUGUAGUGCUAGUAAAGGGUUACAUUUAGGUUGGGGAGUGUCCUGUAAAGCAUGUCCAGUAAAAGGAACCAAGGAUUACGAAAUUCUAUGUCCUGAGGGUGCGAGUAAAGACAACGGGGGGGCUGAUAUCAACGAGUGUACUAUGAUCCCAGGCAUUUGUCCUCAUGGAACGUGUGAGAACCUGGAGCCGGGAUACAAGUGCAUCUGUGAUCCUGGAUACCAUCCUGACGCUGAUGGAAUUUGCAGAGACAUUGAUGAGUGCGAUAUGCAUCAAUCGUACUGUACGGGCGGGCAAUGUCGUAACACGAUGGGCAGCUUCACAUGCGUCUGUCCGCCCGGCACUAGGUACGAGCCGGAAGAACAAGUCUGCAGAGACAUUGACGAAUGCGAGGGUGAGGUUAUUUUCAUCGUCAAGGAUUAUGACAGAGGAGACAUUCCUCCUAUGUUCCCAGUCGCAGAACAAUCGAAUCCUUGCGACAACGGGCGUUGUAUCAACACGCACGGGAGUUACGAGUGUGAGUGUGAACACGGCUUCGUGUUGGAUGCCACUGCACAACAUUGUGUCGAUAAUCGUCGCGGGUCAUGUUGGCGCCGCGUUGUAGAUGGUCAGUGUGAGGCGGCGGCACCAGGAACUCUUUUGAGACAGGAAUGCUGCUGCAGCGUUGGCUUGGCCUGGGGUUCGCCCUGUGAGCCUUGUGAACCUGAUGACUGUCCGUGUCCCAAAGGAUUUGCUAAGCUGGAUGGAGCCACGUGUCGCGAUGUGGACGAGUGUACGUUGGAUGCUGAGUUGUGUGUCGGCGGAGACUGUAUCAAUACUGAUGGUUCUUACCGCUGUGAAUGUCCCAAUGGACUCACUCUAGAUUCUUCCGGUAACCGUUGUGUGGACACUCGUCGUGAGUACUGUUACACUGAGUACGCUGGAGGUCGGUGUUCAGGUCCGCUACAGGUCUCGGUCUUGAGAGCGGUCUGUUGCUGCUCAUCACUUGGGAAGGCCUGGGGCGAUGGCAGGUGUGAGGCCUGCCCUAAGAAAGGAACGGACGCCUAUAGAAAUCUCUGUAUUUCCGAUGCGACCGGCCCCGCUGGUCCUUGGGAUAGACCAGCAAUUGGAGGACCAAAUGGAACUGGCAUUUGGAAUCAAAUAGAUGGUGGCGAUUAUGGGGGCUCGACUGGUGGUGGUGGAGAUAUGUGGGGUAAUGGAAGUAUCGGUACUUGGGGCAGACCGAGCGGUCCCGGAGUGAUACCAGGACAAAUGGAAGUAAAUGAAUGCGCAGCCUUCCCUGGUCUGUGUGGUCACGGACGGUGUAGAAAUAUGCUCGGUUCUUUCACUUGUGAUUGCUUCCCGGGUUAUGAAAAGGAUUCCAAAAAUCAUACAUGUGUGGAUGUCAACGAAUGUGAGAUCGUCGAUGAAGUUUGUGGCGCCGGUGAAUGUAGAAAUACAGAGGGAAGCUUCACUUGCCACUGUCAUCCUGGAUAUAUAACAGAUGAAUUAUCUAAAGUUUGUGUUGAUAUGGACGAAUGUCGUGAGAACAGCGCUCUGUGUCGAGGUGGUCGAUGUGUCAACACGCCGGGUUCAUUCCGGUGUGAGUGUGCUCCCGGGAUGGAACUAUCUCCUGAUAGACUUGCCUGCAAAGACGUAGACGAAUGCUCGAUAACAUCAGGUAUUUGUAGUAACGGUGCUUGUGAGAACUUGAUGGGGACGUAUCAGUGUGUAUGCGACGAAGGAUACGCUCAGUCAACCGUAAAGUCUCACUGCGAGGACAUCGACGAGUGUACUGAGGAUCCUACUAGAUGUCAACACGAGUGCGUCAAUACACCGGGAUCCUAUCACUGUACUUGCAGAGACGGUUGGCAUCUUCGUGCUGAUGGUCGUACAUGUCGUGACAUUGACGAGUGUGGUAGCGGGGCGAGAGUGUGUGGAGGUGGCACGUGUCGGAACACUCCAGGAGGGUAUAUCUGUACUUGCGGAGAAGGUUUGUUGCCAUCGCCGGAUGAGAACAAACCCACUUGUCUAGAUAUCGACGAAUGCGCUGAUAUUCCUGAGUUAUGUGGUGCUGGAGAGUGCCGCAAUACCAUCGGCAGUUUCGUGUGUCGCUGUCCAGAUGGUUACAGUGUGAAACCAGAGCAAGGUCCUGCUUGUACUGAUGAUGAUGAAUGCGAACUUGGAACAUGCGACUGUCAUCCUUCUGCUGACUGUAUUAAUCUGCCGGGAUCAUUCCAAUGUCGUUGUCGCGAUGGUUGGCGCGGUGAUGGAACAGAGUGUGAGGAUGUUGACGAGUGUCUCACCAACAACGGUGGUUGUCAUCCUCGAGCCACCUGCAAGAAUACUGACGGGUCAUUCAUGUGUCUAUGUGACACUGGAUACAAGGGAGAUGGUUAUUCGUGCGUCGACAUCGAUGAGUGCGCCAACGACCCAACGCUAUGUGAGAACGGUCACUGCACCAACAUUCCCGGUGGUUACGAGUGCGACUGUGAUGUUGGAUUCACUAAGUCACCCGACGGAAAGUCCUGUCUCGAUAUGGACGAAUGUGCAACAUUCGACAACGUUUGUGUCUUUGGUCGUUGUGUUAACACUUACGGAAUGUUCAAGUGCAUAUGCGACAAGGGAUACCAGUCUGAUAGUAUUGACGACCUAAUGCCAGGAUUCAAUUGUACUGAUGUAGAUGAAUGUAAAUCUCCUCAAUCAUGUCAGUAUGGUCAGUGUAUCAACACCCAGGGCUCAUACGUUUGUAGGUGUCCGCCGAACUAUGAACUUGUGUCUGAUGGCACCGCUUGUUAUGACUCUAGGAAAGCACGUUGUUACGGUAAAGUGGAUCUUCGUUCAGGCACAGAACAAUGUCACGACAGCGAUCAGUUAUCUGAAGAUGGUACAAUGGCGGCCUGCUGUUGUUCUGUUGGUGCGGCAUGGGGAAAUUACUGUGAUCUAUGCCCUGAGCCCGGUUCUGAAGCGUAUAGACAGUUAUGUCCUGGUGGACCUGGAUAUCAGCCUGUUUUAGAGCCUCCGUCGUACGUGGUAACGUUAGCGGACAUCGAUGAGUGCGCACAACACCCGUCUCUGUGUGCACAUGGCACGUGUACGAACACCUUUGGGUCGUUCGUGUGUACGUGUGGUCCGGGCUGGCGGCUGUCCGCUGACGAGCAACGUUGUGAAGACGAGGACGAAUGUGCAGCACCUGACGCCUGCGGACCCGGAGUCUGCCGUAAUCUACCCGGCUCGUACGUGUGUCUGUGUCCGGAGGGAUACGUCGCUAUGCCUAACGGAAAGGAAUGUGUCGAUGUUCGUCAAAGACAAUGCUAUAUGGACUGGGAUCCCGAUACUGGACGAUGCUCGGCUGCUGUCGGAGUGCCACAGACGAAGUAUCUUUGCUGCUGCUCCGUUGGUAAGGCCUGGGGAGCACCGUGCGAGGCGUGUCCGGACAAAGGAUCUCAGGAGCACAUGGCUCUUUGUGGAGAAAAACCUGGAGAGUAUAUAAAUCCUAUGACGAAUGAAACGAAACCCAUCAAUGAGUGCGAUAUAAUGCCACAACUUUGCAAACCCGGAACAUGUCACGAUACACCGACUGGAUUCCAAUGUGGAUGCGAUCAUGGAUACGAGCACGACAACACGUCUCACUUGUGCCGAGACAUCGACGAGUGUCUGCGUAGUCCGUGCCGAGGACUCGCUCAGUGUGUCAACCUGCCUGGAGCGUUCGAGUGUCGCUGUCCGGCCGGGUACCGCCUCGCCACCUCGCUGGAUCAAUGUGAGGAUGUUGAUGAGUGCGCUGACACAAGGCUGUGUGAGCACGGAGAGUGUAGGAACACUAUUGGAUCCUAUAGAUGUGAAUGUAAACCUGGGUACACACUUCGUGACAAUGCUUGCCGAGACGUCGACGAAUGUAGUAGACCACGUCCACUGUGUCGUAAUGGAACAUGCGAGAACCUGCCCGGAACAUACGUGUGUCAUUGUGAUGAAGGAUUCAAGCCUGGUCCUAAUAACGACUGUAUAGAUAUCAACGAAUGUCGUGAAGGUGGAAUGGUAUGUCGCAAUGGACACUGCAGAAAUACAGCUGGAUCAUUCCGUUGUGAGUGUGCACCUGGAUAUACACUGACAGGUGAUGGAAGAAACUGUCGAGAUGUUGACGAAUGUACGGAACUACCGACACCUUGUGGAAGAGACGGUUCACCAUCAUGUACGAAUACUAAUGGAGGGUACGAGUGUUCGUGUGGAGCUGGCUGGCGGCUGGUGGGGCGACGGUGCGUUGAUCGAGACGAGUGCCGUGAGCUGCCUUACGUUUGCGCCGGCGGGGAAUGUCACAACUUCAAUGGAGGGUACCGCUGCGACUGUCCCGCGGGUUGGCGCUUUGAUAAGGCAGCUGCCAUUUGCGUCGACGAACGCAAAGAAUUGUGUUAUGAUGAAUGGGAUGCGGGCCGUUGUCACAGAGCGCGACCUCUACAGCUAGGAAGGCCUGACUGUUGUUGUUCGGAAGGUGCGGCUUGGGGAAGAUAUUGCGAAAGAUGUCCGACUCCAAAUUCUCCCGAAUUCUUGCGUAUCUGCCAAGGAGGAAUGGGGCGUCCAAACCUGACCCAAGAUUUAGAUGAGUGUAAAGUUCGUCCUGAUGUGUGUAAAGGUGGUCACUGUAUCAAUACGGACGGAUCCUUCAGAUGUGAAUGUCCACCUGGAUAUAUAUUGGAUGGUACGGGUUUGGUUUGUGUGGAUGCUGACGAAUGUGCAGCGGAUCCGAGGAUAUGCGGCAAUGGCACCUGCACUAACACACCUGGAGGCUACGAAUGUAGAUGUAACUUUGGAUUCACACAGGGGAUUGAUCAAACAUGUGUAGACAUAGACGAAUGUGCUGAAGGUCGUGCUACAUGCUCAUUCCGUUGUCAUAACACGGCGGGUUCUUUCCGUUGUACGUGUCCCUUCGGCUACCGGCUGGCGGAUGACGGCGUGCACUGUCGCGACUUGGAUGAGUGCGCUGACACCGAACACCCUGUAUGUCCACACGCUUGUGAGAACGUUAUUGGAUCUUAUAUCUGCAAAUGUCCCGAAGGAUAUAAGCGAACAUCAGCAGCUCACGACGCAGUGGACGCCUGCGAGGACGUGGAUGAAUGUGCGGAGAAGGCUGACAAGUGUUCUCCUGGAGUUUGUAUCAACACGGAGGGAGACUACGCGUGUGACUGUGACGCUGGAUAUGAGCCCAGCGAAGAUGGACAUGCUUGUAUAGAUCGCCGGACCGGUAUGUGUCAUCGAUCGUUGGUUGCGGGUCGCUGCGUGCCUGAGCCGUGGCCGAGGUCUCUGGCUUCUACACCAACACCGCCUACUCAAGUUACUAAAGCUCAAUGUUGUUGCACUCUUGGAGUAGCGUGGGGUCCGGAGUGUGAACUUUGUCCGGCGCCUGGAACCCCAGAGCGACUGGACCUAUGUUCUAGAAAGAAUUUGAUCUCUGAUAAUAUGGGCGGUGGAGGCGGCGGUGGUGGUGGUGGUGGCAAUAUUGGUGGUAUUGAUCAUCCACUCAUUCCGGAUAUAUACGGUGAUGUCGAUGAAUGUGCGGCUAUGCCUGGAUUAUGUGCUCCUGGCAGAUGUAUCAAUACUAUUGGAAGCUUCCGUUGUUCAUGUGGUCUUGGAUACAAAGCAGCUGGUGAGAUUUGCGCAGAUAUUGACGAAUGUCAGAAUAAACCUUGUGAGCAUCUUUGCAAGAAUACAGAGGGUUCAUACGAGUGUCUCUGUCGUUCUGGUUAUGAGAUUGACGAAGACGGCGCCAACUGCAGGGAUGUAGAUGAAUGUGAGAGAGGUACUCAUACAUGUCAGCAGACUUGCACAAAUACUGAAGGUUCCUUUGAGUGUUCUUGUCAAGAUGGAUAUGAAAAACGUGGAGAUGCUUGUGUUGAUAUCAACGAAUGCCAUGAAGAAGGUCUGUGCCCGCCACCGGGCAAGUGUAUCAAUCUGCUGGGCUCGUAUCGGUGCAUCUGUCCACGAGGCUUUAGACUUGACCUGACCGGCACCCGCUGUAUGGACCGUGACGAGUGUGAGGAGGGAGGAUGUCAAUCACCCUGCAGAAACUACGCUGGCGGCUACCGUUGUGAAUGUCCGGCUGGUUCAAUCCGCAGUGCUAGUGGUACAUGUGUCCCUCGUGAUUCUUGCGCCACUUCUCCCUGCGGCUCAGCCCCGUGCUUCCCCCUCGCCGCCUCUUAUCGCUGUGGUUGUCCGGCCGGGUACGGCUGGAAUGAUGAGCACGCUGUCUGCUUGCAGUUGGCAGGUGGUUGCGCGACGGCUAGUUGUCUCUUUGGUUGCACGACUUUCGGUGACUCCUACCAGUGUGGAUGUCCGGCCGGGUACAGGCUGGUGGGAGCUGGACACUGUCUCACAGCUCUGGACGGUGCAUUGCCACCAGAUGAUAUCGGGGAUGCACCCGUCUUCCCAGUACGAGACCAAUACAAGAUAGGUGGCAAAAACGAACUAAUCUCCACAGAGGGAUGCUUCAGUUGCAAGAUUAAUGGACGUAGGCGUAGAGCUCCCGAGGAAGGUAUUAUAUACGCUAAUGGAACUACACUUGUAAGACGUCGAAGAAGACGUAGCCGACGUCGUCGUUCCAUCCUGCAGACAGAAGCUGAACUAAUACUUGUAUCAGCAACACCCAAACAGACUUGGGGUCGCGUGCCUCUCGUCCGACUUAUACCAGCGGAGGGUCAAGGGAAACCCCAUUAUCGCAUAGCCUUUGGAGAUCCAGAGAAGAACUUUGUGCUGUCUAAACGCGAUGGGACAUGGGCACUUAGAUUAAGGAGGCACCUUAAGCCACAAGAGGUUUUAGAAAGACAAUUGGAAUUGGAAGCGAGGUUCGUGUCUCCGGAUAGCGGUAGGAAAAGAAACAGACGACACGUGGACGUGACGGUGCCGGCUCCGCUGCGGCUGUACGUGUCUGUAAGGAUAGCGCCUCUUAAACGUUGA